CAUACGACGCUUACAAAAUCUCGUAAGCGUCGUAAGUUAUUUUACGAUACGAAGAAUACUAAGGAUACGAAGAAAUAAUGAAUACCCUCAUUGUUUUCAAGAGUGUAUCUAUUUAUAAGCAUAAUCUCCCAAGUAUUUUUCAGAUUUGACUUGCUCCUCGACCGAAGUGGCGCUUGGAGACGUUUGUGGAACAUGUCAGAAUGCCACAUUCCUUACAUGUGAAGGAACUAACACAAUCUGUUUAGACGGAAUAUGCAAAUGCAAACCUGGCACCAUUUACUGGAAUUUAGGCGAAUGGAAGGAAUGCUGGGAUGUAGUUCCAAUUUCUAGAAUUGUGACAAUUGAGGAUCAUCCCUGGGUUAUCAAAAAUGAAAGCUGCGUUCUUCCCCCGAACGAUAAAUCUUGUCGAAAUCAUCGGGCCUCCUUUUCGAUUUAUUGGAUAUGAUUGACGCCGAAGUGCAAAAUUUGGAUAAUUGUACCCUCACAAUGGUCGACACGUUUGGAACUUACAUCAAUAAGACAGCCUCGAAAGGUACCUGGAUCGGGGGUGGGGGAAUGAUGGAAAUUCUGGAAAAGAACGAAACAGAUGUGGCGUUGGCCCUGUUCCAGCAGACGCAUUGGCUCGUGACCGAGUUUCCAAACGUUGUCGAAGGCUCUUAUACUAUACUUGGAAAGAACAAACACAGAUAUACACUCGGAUUUCCUGCCCAAAUUAUGCAGUUUGAAUUUGCGUUAUACAAGCUAGACAUGGUCGGCAUUAUUUCAUCGCUGAGGAAGAAAUGGUUCCACGAUCUUGUUUCAAACUGGCGUAUAGAAAAGCAACGGACCAUUUUCGAUUACGCAAAGCAAUGCCCAUGUGAAUUGUAAACAGUUAUAAAUAUCUUACCAUUUUAAGCAUAAGAAUGUUAUAUGUUCCUUUUCAAAUAAACAUUUCAAAACUGAAUAUAAUUUUAAUUAAAU